AUGAAUGGUGUAUUGGCGAUAUGUUUGCUAGUGAUCUGCGCCGCUAUGGUCGUGAAACCUGGAGAAAGUAGAGUCAUAGAAUAUGGUGCAAUUAACCCGUGCGCCCGCCCUAAUCCUCCUCCAGGAUGCAAUCCUCCGGGCUCCGAGCAUAAAGACCCUUCCCCUGCUAACAGAUACAGCCGUGGCUGCACCAAAAUUAAUCGGUGUAAGCGUGAACCAACCCGAAACGACAUUAAUCUAAUCUGA